GACUUCACGAGAUGCCUUUGCCGUGGUUCCACCAGGUGCAGUCUGUUUUGUGGCCGGACAAAGACAUUCUCACGAUUGAGGAGGUGUCCAUGAUCUGCGAAAACUACCGGAAGGGUGGUUCGGUGCGAGAGUUGGCCAAGAAGUUCUGGGAAGCCCAAGCAGCAAUGAGACCCUGGGCUUCCAUUGGGCUUGGGUACCUCGAUUAUGGGUUCAGUUUCAAUCAUGAGAUGAGCACUGAACUUAGGAAUCAGUGGAGAAGUGCAGACGCCGGACAAGGUGAUGAAAUCUGA